CUCCUGGGUCCCAUCGUAGAACACAUUUCCAUCUAUCCAUCCAUCCAUCCAUCCAUCCAUCCAUCCAUCCAUCCAUCCAGCCUUUCAUCCAUCCAUCCGUCCAUCCAUCUGUCCAUCCAUCCAUCCAUCCAUCCAUCCAUCCAUCCAUCCAUCUAUCUCUUCAUCCAUCCAUCCAUCCAUCCAUCCAUCUAUCUCUUCAUCCAUCCAUCCGUUCAUCCAUCCAUCUGCUCCCAUCUCUUCGGGCAUCUCAUCUUCGCCCAGGUCCCAGAUCCCAGGGUUACAGUCAGAGUGAUUACAAACACUCACUUGCCAUUUCAUUAGAUCUUAAAAAAAAGUCACCAUGAAGACCCCAAAGGCCACUGAUGUCAAAAAGGGGAUUUCGGUUCUUUGGGAGACUCUGCAAUGUCCCAUAUGCUUGGAUUUAAUGACUGCGCCAGUAUCUACAAAGUGUGACCAUCAGUUUUGCAAAUUUUGUAUGAUGAAACUUUUGGACAGUUCCAAACAAAACAAGGCCAACUGUCCCGUGUGUAAAUCCAACAUAACCAAAAGGAGUUUGCAGGAGAGCCCCGGGUUUCAGAGACUUGUGUUGGGACUGCAGGACAUGAUACAAGCUUACGAACGUGACACAGGCACAAACUACUUCACAGGAAUGUCUCAGCAUAAAAUACACUCAAGUGUUACAGAUGCUGAAACUAUUGAAGAUUCUCAUGUGGAAAAUAUGGAAAUUACAGAUCACGAUGAUCCUCCCCGUUCCCCUUCCUCAACUGUAGCAGCCCAGAAUGGAUUUGCAAGAGUCAUGGGCCUUGAAGAUUCAGUUUCUUUGACGACAGAAAAAGAAGGCCUGGACAGCGGCUUGGGUGACGCGCCACCGACUUCUGACAAAAAAACAAGCAGCCCUACAGAAAACUUGGAACCGGAAGUGGUGGAAAAGGCUACAUCAGCUCGCAAAGCUAAAAGCAAAAAGAGAUCUGGCAAAUUGGAGGACGCCUCGUUAGUAAUUCCGGACGACUCUGAACCCCAUCCUUUAAGAAAAUCCUCAAGGCAGAAGCAGAAAAAGGACGUGGAACUGGACAAAAUCCUCGAACAGAAAAAGAAGAAAAGUGUAGAGAAAGUGGCCGAGUGGCUCAUGAAAGUUCCAGCCGAAGGAAGUUUGGAGUUUGAGAAACCAGAUGACAACAAAGACGACUCCGACAGCUGUUCCUCAGCUUCGACAAUAGAUAUAAAGCGACACAAUAGCGACGUCACGUCAAAGAGAGAAGAUCGCGCCAAAGCUCUGGAGGACCAGGUGUUUGGAGCCGUCUACAAGAGAAAAGGGAGCAGGACGGUCUCUCCUCCGCUUAACGCCUUUGUCAAACCGGCGAUUAGACCCGAAACACAGACACGUGAAGGUGUCGCCGGUAAAAAACAAGAACAAGAGAAACAAAACAUGAUAGAAGAAGAAGAAAACGGCACCAGCAGUGACAUUUUUAAAGAAGCAGAACCGAUGGAGGUCAGGGAGGAAAAUGGAACAAAUGUACAGCAAACCAAGAAGAGGACACGCAACAGUCUGCAGCAGGUUGACGGUGAUUUGAAAGGUCCUGCACAAUCAGACGUUGUGGCACAAACAAAAACAAAAACAGACAAGAGGAAAGGUAAAAACGCAAAGUCAGAAAAAGGCAAACCUGCCCGAGCGGCGAAGCCCCUCGUUCUGGUCGGGGUUCAAAGCGAAGAAACCGUUCCUGAAACCAGAACGAGACCAGAAGAAGUUCAAGUGCAGAUCGAGACUUACCCCAGCAGCGAAGAUCAGGAAACACUCGUCACAAGAACCACCCGAAGAAGUAAGAGAGUCAAGCUAUUUCCUGAGAAAGCUGAGGAGAAGAAAACAAACUCAAGAAAAACUGGAAAAGACAAGAAGGAAAAUACUAAUGGUGACACACCGGCUAAUAGAAACCCUCCUAAAAUCGACAAUGCAACAAAGGAAGCUAAAAGAAACGGAUGCAUAUAUGAUCAGGACUUAGGAGGAAUUGAAGACACAGAGUCCGGUGAAAGGAAAUCCAAUAAAAAGUCAAAAGAAGCCGUUGAAGAGUCCAUUACAGAAGUGCCAAACUGCGAAACUGUGUCCGAAUCUCUUUGUUGUGCCUCUGUUUUACCGAGCUCCGCGAGUCCCGGCGUGUUGGGUCCAACGCUUGAAAGUGACAAGCCGGUAAAUCAUCUCUCGAGCAACAUUCAGCCGCAAACCUCAGAGAAUAAAUGUGCUGCAGUGGAAAAGGAGGAGGACGACAGUGAGCUGGACACGGAGCUACUACUCAGGAGCUUCAGAGCCACGAAAAGGAAGUCUUUCCAUCUCGGCAAUGCAGAUGCGAAAAGGAGCCGCUGUUCGGACGAAGACAACGUCCCUAUCCGUGAAUCGGAGGAGGACAAUUGUGACUCGUCGGCGAAGAAGGUUUCUUCUAGUGAUGCAAUCUCUCCGUCCAACUCCCCCGUCCAGACUAGAAAAGCUGUUUUGGAGGAACCAGAUCGAGUCGCGGCCGAGGCAUCGAUUCCCGGUAGCGCGUCUCCGAGGAACAGUCUUAGCAGCGCGCUCAGUCCGAACAAAGUGUCCGUGUGCAACGUGGACAACCCUCACGUUUCCAUCAUGCCUCAAGUGGUGGAUUCUGGGAUUCGCUUCGUGGCCGUAGAAAACGACGGGUUAAACGAAGACGCUGGCGCCGGCGUCACAGCUGGACAAGUUCUGAUCCCGGAGUCGUCUUUAACCCCCGAGGACCUGCUGGCUCCAAGUCUUCACGAAGCAAAGACGAGCAGCCACUGCAGCGACGAGGCCAGCCUCCUGUCCUCCUUCGACAUCAAGAGACCGCUGAGGAAGAAGAGAAGAGCUCAGAGGCUGGAGUCUUCACCCGAGUCCGAUGGCAGCGGAUCCAAAGAGGAGCUGCCGACUUUGGCUCAGAUCUUUGGAUCGUCGGUUGCCCAGCGAGACUCAAACGAACCGGACAAAGACGAUGCUGCAUGUGUUACAGAAGAGGCGGUGGAGCCACCUGCAAGUCCAAGCCCCGACUGUAUCAGUCCCAGCCAAGCUUCUGUGGACUUGUUCGGGACUCCGGAGGAAUGUGAAGUUCCACAAAAUGAGGCCUUGGAAUCGUCCCAAUUCUCAAGCGAAGUCCUUGUUACGCAGCAAAAGAUAGAGAUGCAGCAGGAGCUGGUGAGGCUGGAGAAGCUGAUGGCUCUGGUUUCGGAGGUGCUCCAGGAGAAGGAGGCCAGUCCUUCGAAAGACGCCCCCGCGGAGACACGUCAGGGCUGCAGAGCCACGGACACUCGCCUCAUGUGUGACCAGGAUCUGGACCAAAGCGAAAGCAGGAAAGACCUUCCAGAUGCAGGACGAGACCCAAACACGCGACCCUCUGAUGGCAAACAGGCGACUGAGCCGAGCCUGGAAAAGCACGUUGGCGCGAGGAUGGCGGAGGAGGAGCACUCCACACACACGGGCCUGAUUGCAAAAGAAGAAACCUUAAAUGCACCUUCGGCGACCAGAACGCUGAACGACCGCGGCUCCGUAUCAGACGGGCAAGAAGACAAAGAGAACGACACCCCUCCAGAAGAGCGGCGUAAACCCAAACUGGUGCUCGCGUCGUCCGGAUUAAGCUCCAGUGAACAGAUAAUGGUGAAGAAGUUUGCCAAGAGAGUUGGCGCCCGUGUGGUUUCCAAGGUGACCGCGGAGGUAACUCACGUCGUCAUGCACACAGAUGAGCAGCUGGUUUGUGAGCGUACGCUGAAAUACUUCCUGGGCAUCGCCGGCAGGAAGUGGGUGGUGAGCUUCCAGUGGAUUUCUGAGUGCUUCAAACAAAAGAAACUCUUGGAUGAGAGUCCAUUUGAGGUUAGAGGGGAUGUGGUGAAUGGGCCCAACCACCAGGGCCCCUCGAGGGCUCGUACCACCGAAGACAGCAACCUGCUCAUGAGGGGCUACACGAUCUGCUUCCAGGGCCCUUUCACAGACAUGACCACAGAUGACAUGGAGUGGAUGGUGGAGCUCUGCGGAGCAGCCGUGGUUAAAGAUCCACUUCUCCUGGACGGUCGACAGAAGUCCCAUCAGCUGAUCAUUGUGCAGCCGCGGCCUGAGUCAUCGACGUCCACCUACAGCAAUCUCUCCAGAAAAGCCACGGUCGUGACUCGCGGUUGGCUCCUGGACACCGUCGCGAUGUACACCCUCCAAAACUACAGCAACUACACAACGUGAACUUCAGCCUUCGGAGGCACGGACGCGCACUCUCCUGGUCCGCCGACCAUUUCACACUCCCUUUUUCUUUUUUUCAACUCAAGUGUCAUCCAUUUAUACUGUAAAUUGUGUGUGUAUAUAAAGUUUAAUCAAAAGAAGAUCCUUUUAUUUUUCUGUUUGGUGUGUUGCACAGAUAAUAGUAGACACAAACAUCAGACAUGAUGCACAAAACUGACUGACUCAAACUGUUUUUGGAGGCGCAACAUUAAUAAAACUGUAGUUAGCUGCUGAUCUGUUUUAAUAAAUUCUUCCUUCUCCUCGUUCCUGCUGCUCUUCCA